AUGACGGAGAGUGAAACAAUCGCCGCCGCGAUAAAUCAGAUUGACGAGAAGAAGGAGAAGCUGAAGAAAGCUUUCGACGAUCUUCAAGAACACCGCUCUCUCCUUUCACCGUCUUUCUCGCUUUCAUGGUCUGAGAUCGACUCCCACUUUUCUUCUCUCCAAUCCUCCCUCUCUAACCGUUUCCGCCUCCUCCAAUCUGCAUCUCCUCUGGAACAUGAUUCGCACAAAAUCGACACCGCCGAGGCAAGGACGUCGCCGGAGGAGGAGACAACGGUUGUUCAACCGGAGUUGAGAAUGUUGUGUGAGAAGAAUGACGGAAUUGGUUUGCGCAAGUAUUUGAUUGAUCGUUGGGAUGAUGAUUCGCCUCUCAAUCUAGAGCUCUCUGCAGCGAUUCGGUACUCUACAGAUCCAGCUUCCAUGGUGCUAGACGCAAUCGAAGGUUCGUAUCACCAAACUCCAUCAUCGAGAAAAUCAGUUGAUGUUAGGAGGGUUUUCGUUUUGUUAAUGGAAGUUUUGAUUGAGAUCAAUACGAAUAUCAAAAUUGAUGUUGUGAGAGAGAGAGCUAAGAAACUGAGUUACGAUUGGAAAACGAAGAUAGGUGCCAAGCCUUUCGAGGCGUUACUGUUUCUGCAUUUGGUUGCAGCUUUCGAAUUGGGAUCUGAGUUUAGCUCAGAGGAGCUUUCGGAUUACGUUUUCAUGAUCUGUAAGUAUAAGCAAGCAACUUCGGUGUGUAACAAGAUCGGUUUAGAUAGGGAAAGAGUUGGAAAUCUGAUCAAGAAGCUCUUGGAUUCUAGCAAACCAAUCUUGGCAGUCAGAUUCAUGUAUGAGUGUGGGAUGACUGAUGGAUUCCAACCAAUCGCCGUUUUGAAAUCUUACAUUAAGGAGUUGAGAGCAGCUGCUUAUAGAAUCUGCGUUGAAGAUAACUACUCUCUUAAGUCGCAGAACGAAGCCACUGAUAAAGAAGUCAGUGCAUUGAAAGCAGUGAUCAAAAUCAUCAAAGAUCAAAACCUUGAAUCCGAGUUUUGUGACGAGAAACUGGAGGAACGUGUAGAAGAGCUGGAGAAACAAAAAGCGCUGAGGAAACGCAACGCCGCUAAUCCUCAGCAAGAGUCACAGCAAAAGGCGAGAAAGCGGACUCGAAAUGGGAAUGGUACACAACCUCCUCCAGCUCUGAGUCAGCAGCAGCAAGUUUCAAGACCGGACGCUGUUCUUACGCCUGGGUUACAGUUAAACCCUUUUGGGCUUGUGAACUCAGCACUUGGUGGUGGUGUUGUCCCUUACAUGAACCCAUUAGCUGGGCUAUAUGGUCCUGCUGCAGCUCCUCCGUCUGUUUACUAUGGUCAGCAAAAUGGAUUUUUGUUGCCGGGUCAAUAUCAUCCAGCUUAUUAUUCUCAGUAG